AUUAAUAUUAACGUAAUUUAAUUUAUCAAAAAUAAUACGAUUGGAAUGGAUGCCAAGUUGGAUAUGUUCGAAGAUGUAAACACGUCGCCGUCGCCCUCUUUGGAGGGAGACAUGUCCAUACCAGGCAAACGAACCACAACGACAACAUCGCAGAAUGGAGUGCCGGACUACAACACAUUGGAUGAGCCCAUCAAGGAGACAGUGCUCAGGGAUAUACGAGCCGUGGGCGUAAAAUUCUACCAUGUUCUCUACCCGAAGGAGAAGUCAAGUCUGUUGCGUGAUUGGGAUUUGUGGGGUCCGUUGGUGCUGUGCACCUUUAUGGCCACCAUACUGCAGGGCUCCUCUUCCGCCGACAGCAUGUCCGAUAAUGGCCCCGAAUUUGCACAGGUCUUUGUCAUUGUGUGGAUAGGAGCUGCCAUUGUUACACUCAACUCCAAGCUUCUAGGUGGCAAUAUCUCAUUCUUCCAGUCCGUUUGCGUCUUGGGCUAUUGUCUGACGCCCGUGGCCAUUUCCCUGAUUGUUUGCCGCAUCAUCCUGCUUUCCACACAGACACGGCUGCUCUUUUUUUUGCGCUUUGUCACCACCACCAUGGGCUUUGCCUGGGCAACGUACGCUUCGUUUAUAUUCCUGGGCCAGAGUCAGCCUCCGCAUCGCAAACCGCUCGCAGUCUAUCCAAUAUUCUUGUUCUUCUUUAUCAUAUCGUGGCUAGUCUUGUCCCAUAAUUAGGUCAAUUUCUAAUGCAUCGCUUAGUGUUUAAAUCAACCGGAAAGAAAAACAGUGAACGUUCCAUAGAGUAACAAAAACAAAGAAAAUGAAACCCCUAAUCAAUUGUAAA